AUGCUGGACAUUUUCGACAAAAUAUCUGCGAGAGACGGUGAUUGCGGCUGCAGCGUAGGGGAGAACUGUUUUUCAGAGCCAAUUACCAACAUCGGUGACUACCAGCCAAGCGUGCGGGGGUUGAAAAGAUCCCAGUCAAAAAUAUCUGUUGAAUGUCUUCCAUCUCCACAUCAAUACGAUAUCAUCGGCAAGGAAAAGUCCUGCUCAAAGGACCAGCACGCUUCACAACCGAUGGAGCAAGCCAAUCCCUUGGUAAAACACACUCUGGCAAGAACCCGCGAGUUUACUAACAUCUUCAAGUUCUCUCGCACAUGGGCAUGGCGCUCCGUUACUGAAACUACUUGGAAAACGAACACAGCACCUAAGAAAGGCAACGGGGAUCAGGGAGACAAUGAGAGUCCGAUGGGGGCUGUAUACAGCAAACGAUGGAUAUGGAUCCAGAGAACUUUCAAGUAUGAAGAAGUUCCUGAAUACUGUAGUGGAACGAUAUCAGUUCUGGUCAAGAUUAUUCGGAUUCGACAAGUCGCGGUGGCGUUUAUUGAGCGUCUAGCCAUCUAUCCACGAUGUCUGCCACUGUGUUCAGACACCGAGUUCCUCGUGAUCUUGUACCUGUAUGGAGAAAGAAACCCCCACAUCCAAAUCUUCGGAAAUUGGGUCAAUCUCAUUCAGGAAUCGUCCAGACUGUCUCGGACAAAAGAUGCAGUGUGA